UAGCUCGUGAAAAAGAUAUUGGAUGCUGGAACACUAAGAAACUACUUCAUGCACUCUAGUCUAUCCGCUUUAAAGAAACAUCUCAUUCUUGGUUUAUAAAGAUUAGGCUACAAGUACAGAGAAUGUUGUAACAUUGAGUUUCUUCUCCUCAAGAUUUAAUUGGAACGCUACAUGUCGAAGAUAUCACUUAAAAUCACUCUAACUUCAGAUCCUAAUUUGCCUUUUAAAGUACUGAAGGUCCCUGAAAAUACACCACUUACUGCUGUCUUGAAGUUUGCUGCUGAACAAUUUAGUGUACCAGCAGCAACAAGUGCUCUUAUCACAGAUGAUGGAAUUGGUAUAAAUCCUCAACAAACAGCAGCUAAUACUUCUACUACUUCCACAAAUAUGGGAUUUGAAUGGACAAUUGCGUCUCUAUGCUAGUGUGGUAUGGAAACUUAAACUGAUGUACGUACGUACGAAGUUCUACGUUGCACGUGGUAACUGAUCGACUCUUCAUUCUCGCUUGCAAACUCUUAACCUUUCGACCACUGAGCCGGCAUCCGACGGAUGUUAAUUUUAAUUUUAAACAAUCUUUGCUACUAUAUCCGUGAUAAAGUUAGACGUUAACACAGUUGGAUGCCGGCUCAGUCGUCUAGAGUGUUUGCGAACAAGACCAAAGGUCCUGGGUUCGAUUCGUACGGGCGGUGAUCGUGAAUGCGUAUUGAUGAUUAGUUCCGUACUAGGACAAAACGGCUGUCCAGUGCUUCCAAGUUUCUAAUGAUUACCUAACAAUGGUUGAUUCAUAAUUUCAAUGAAACAAAUGAGUUAGUUGCGUCAUAGAUAUAUGAGCAAAAUCAUCCAGGUUAAAUUGCUGUAAACCACUUGCUGAUUGGCUGGUUCACGUCUUUGGCCAUUUUACCUUUUUUUUUCUGAUUGUACAUCAAAGUCUUGUUUCUUUUAUGGUCUUAUUGACAAUGUAUUAUUUUAUUUCUUUAAGAACUUGUUUUUGAUUUAAAUUUCAGGUGAGGUGUUUCUUAAAUAUGGAUCCGAUUUACGGUUAAUUCCAAGGGAUCGUGUUGGUGGAUUGUGAUAUACUUUCUUUCUUGUAAAUUAUGGACAUUUCAUAUGUCGUUUCUUUAUUUAUUUUUCUGAAAAAAUUUGACUUCCACUCAUUACAUGUUUAUUAUGUAAAAUAAAUGUGGUAAUGGUGAUACUGAUUUCAUCUUGUCAAAUAUGUCAAGUAUGUUUGAAUAUUUCAAAUAACCAAUACAAAUGAAUCUUCAGGAAUA